AUGGCUAUUACAACAAUAAAUUCAAACCUCCUCUACAAGAUUAUUAUUGUUAUUUCCUUCCUUGCACUCACAACUUGCCCGGUUGCCUCGGCCGAGGAAUGCACUUCGAACCAUGAAGGAGAAUGUCACAACCGGAGCGAGGCGCUCAAGUAUAAGAUAAUAGCAAUAUUUGCAAUUCUGGUGACGAGCAUGAUCGGCGUAACGCUGCCGACGCUCUCACGCAUUGUGCCGGCAAUUCACCCAGACCGUGACCUUUUUGCGUUAGUGAAGGCCUUUGCCUCCGGUGUCAUCCUCGCCACGGGUUACAUGCACGUAUUGCCAGACUCAUUCAAUGACCUCAUGUCGGACUGCUUGCCGGAAAAUCCGUGGCACAAGUUUCCAUUCACUACAUUCAUCGCCAUGUUUUCCGCUAUUUUCACCCUCAUGGUGGACUCUUUCACCAUCAGUUUCUUUAAGAAGAGAAUCCCUGCUUCUUCUUCUACUAGUGAUGUUUCCGAGAAGAACAUUGAAGUUAAUGGUGGUUGCCGCGAAGUGAAUAAAGAAUUGGAAUUGCUUAGUCACAGUCACACUCACGGUCAUGAGAUUGAACAUGGGAAUGGAAACAUGAAAGUUGUGAGUGCGGAACAGUUGCUACGCUAUCGUGUUAUCUCUCAGGUGUUGGAGCUAGGGAUUGUGGUGCACUCAGUGGUGAUUGGUUUGUCAUUGGGAGCUUCAGAUAAUCAAUGCACAAUUAGGCCUCUCAUUGCAGCACUUUGCUUCCAUCAAAUCUUUGAGGGAAUGGGUUUAGGAGGCUGCAUACUUCAGGCAGAGUAUGGGAUAAAGAUGAAGUGCAUUAUGGUAUUUUUCUUUUCCGUGACAACCCCAUUUGGAAUCGCAUUGGGGAUAGCUCUGUCAAAGGUGUACACUGACACAAGUCCAACCUCACUCAUAGUUGAAGGUGUUUUGAAUGCUGUAUCUGCAGGACUUCUCAAUUACAUGGCAUUGGUAGAGUUAUUGGCCACUGAUUUUAUGGGCUCAAAACUCCAAAGUAGAGUGAAGCUUCAAAUUUUUUCAUAUCUUUUUGUUUUGCUCGGAGCAGGAGGCAUGUCAGUCAUGGCAAUAUGGGCAUAA